AUGGCGACGAACGGGCACACGAACGGGCACGCGAACGGCAACGGCGUCGCGAACGGCGCCGGCAAGCGCAAGUACACGGCGGAAAACUACCCCACGCUAUCCUUUGACGCCCGCUACAAGGGCCUUUCUGGACCCCGGGACAAGCGCAUCCGCGAGGGCGGCUUGAUCGGCGGCUACUACAAAAACUACAACCUCUCGCCGCUGCUCGAAGCCGGACGUUGGGACUCGGCGCCCCAGGUCGACAUCAGCGUCUGGACGGUGCCCCACAGCGGCAACCCCACGCUGAGCGCGGCCCAGAAGCCCACUCUGGCCGAGGCAAAGAAGCAGACCUACAAGCCCGUCAAAAAGGGAGACGGCUUCGGCCCAAACUGGUCAAACCACUGGUUCCGCGUCGUCAUCACCAUCCCUGACGAGCACAAGGAUGCCGAGCGCGUCGUGUUCGAGUUCGACCUCGAGGGCGAGGCCAUGGUGUUCGACCUCGACGGCAACCCUUAUCAAGGUCUCACCGGCGGCACUGGCCUUGAUCGCCGAGUCGACUUUAUCAUCCCUGAGAAGGACCGCAAGGCGGGCAAGGGCGAGUACUACAUCGAGGCGAGCUGCAACGGCAUGUUCGGCGUCAACGACAACCUCUGGUCUCCCGAGUUUGGUGGAACCCCCCGCAAGAGGUCGUGGGAGCUCAAGUCGGCCGACCUCGUCGUGCCCAACAUGGAGGCCGUCCGCCUGUUCUGGGACUAUGACUACCUCGUCCAGCUCGGCGAGGGCCUGAGCCCCGAGUCGCCUCUGGCCCAGGUGGCCAACCACACGGCCAACGAGAUGCUCAACACCUUCCGCCGGGGCGACCUGGCCAGCUGCGCCGCCGCGCGCAAGAAGGCCGAGCGCGUCCUCGGUGCCAACUGGGAGGAGAAGGUCGCGGCCGAGGGCUCUACGACCGAGGGCACACUGUGGGCCAUUGGCCACUGCCACAUCGACACAGCGUGGCUCUGGCCCUACUCGGUCACCCAGCAGAAGGCCGGCCGUUCGUGGUCGGCCCAGUGCGACCUCAUCGACCGAUACCCCGAGUACGUCUUCUCGGCCACCCAGCCCCAGCAGUUCAAGUGGGUCGAGCAGCUGUACCCCGACCUCUGGAAGCGCAUCCAGUCCAAGGUCGAGCAGGGCCGCUUCCAGCCCCUCGGCGCGACCUGGGUCGAGAUGGACACCAACCUGCCCUCUGGCGAGGCCAUUGCCCGCCAGUUCCUCUACGGCCAGCGCUACUUCCAGGCCAAGUUUGGCGCACGCUCCAAGACGUUCGUCCUGCCCGACACGUUCGGCUACAGCUCGCAGCUUCCCCAGAUCUCGCGUCUCUCUGGCGCGCCAAACUUCUUCACCCAGAAGCUGUCGUGGAACGACACCAACAACUUCCCCCACUCGACCUUCAACUGGAGCGGCAUCGACGGCUCGCAGGUGCUCACCCACAUGACGCCUGUCGACACGUACUGCUCGCAGGCCAAGGUCGAGGAGCUGCGCAAGGGCCUGGUCAAGCACAAGAACGCGGCCGUCACGCAGCAGUCGCUCCUGCUCUUCGGUAACGGAGACGGCGGCGGUGGCCCGACCGAGAAGAUGCUCGAGAACCUCCGCCGCACGCGCGCCGUCAACGGCACCAACGCGGCCGCCGGUGAGCUCCCGCGCAUCAAGAACGGCGGCAGCUUUGACGAGUUCUACGACGCCGUGCGCGCCGAGACGGCCAACGGCGCCACCCUGCCCAGUUGGCACGGCGAGCUGUACCUCGAGAUCCACCGCGCGACGUACACCACCGGUGCCGACGUCAAGAAGGGCAACCGCAAGGCCGAGAACCGCAUGCGCGAGGCCGAGUACGCCGCUACCAUGGCGAGCAUCUACGCCCCCGGAUACACGUACCCCAAGGAGCGUAUCGACGCCGCGUGGGAGGACCUCCUGCUGUCGCAGUUCCACGACGUGCUCCCCGGCUCCUCGAUCCACGAGGUGUAUGUCGACACGCAGGAGAUCUACGCCAAGCAUGAGCACGACGUCAACGAGAUCAUCAACGAGGCGUACACUGCGCUGUACGCCGGCAGCGUCAAGGCCGGUACCAAGGGCGGCGACGUCGUCGGCCUCAACACCACGCCUGGCUACCCCCGUGCCGAGGUCGUCCAGGUUCCCGCUGGCACUCCUCACGCCCAGUCCUCCGCGGACGGCAAGUCGGCCUUUGCUCUCCUCACCACCGAGGGCAGCGACAUCGCCGCGCCCGCCACCACCGAGGCCAAGGCCACGGCCACCCAGACCGGCCCCAACACGUUCGAGCUCGCCAACUCGAACCUCAAGGUGACCGUCGCCGACGGCCGCAUCACCUCCAUUGUCGACGUCAAGCUCAAGAAGGAGCUUAUCGACCAGAGCUCGUCCGCCGGCUUCGUCAUCUACGAGGACCAGCCCAACUGGUGGGAUGCUUGGGAUGUCGACGAGUUCCACCUCGACAAGGCGACGCACCUGUCCUUUGACAAGGUGACCAUCACCGAGGCUGGUCCUCUUCGUGCGACCCUCCGCGCCGACCUCAAGUACGGCGACUCGACGUUCGCCUUCGACCUGUCCCUCGAUGCCCUCGCUGCGUCGGACGCGCCCAACGCCCGCUCGCUCCUCCGCGUCGACGCCCAGGCCGACUGGCACACGGUGCACGAGUUCCUCAAGUUUGAGCUCCCGCUCACUAUCCACUCGCUCGCCGCCACCUACGACACCCAGUUCGGUGUGCUCCAGCGCAACACCCACCGCAACACCUCCUGGGAUGCCGCGCAGUUCGAGGUCUGUGGCCACAAGUACGCCGACGUCUCCGAGUGGGGCUACGGUGUCGCGCUCAUCAACGAGUCCCGGUACGGCUACGCUGCGCGCGGCAACCUCAUCACGCUCUCCCUCCUCCGCGGGCCCGUCAUGCCCGACCCCGUGAUGGACAUGGGCGAGCACACCUUCAGCUUCGCCAUCUACCCCCACGUCGGGUCGUUUGGCGAGAGCGACGUGCCAGCCGUGGCGACGGCCUUCAACCUGCCCCUUACCCUCCGCCAGGGCGUCAAGGCCGGCGAGUUCAACGGCACCCCGUUCACGGUCUCGGGCGCACGCAACGUCACCCUUGAGGCUAUCAAGCGUGGAGAGGACGACACCGAGGCCAACAAGAGCGUCAUUAUCCGCCUGUUUGAGCAGUUUGGCGGCGCCGCCAACGCCACGCUCAACAUCGCCAACCUCGACUUCAAGCGUGCCGAGGUCGUCAACAUCCUCGAGGACCACAUCGAGGAGCUUGAGAUUACCCGCGAUGGUGCUGGCGCAAGUGUUGAGCUGCCCUUCCGCGGUUUCGAGAUCAAGACGGUUCGUCUGACUCUGUAA